CGCAGGCGCGAGGAGACCACAAGGGCCGGGGCGGAGACUGCCAUGAGGUACCGCGCGGCCCGGCACGUCGCACACCCGUCACACACCCUCGCCCGGCCUGGGGAGGGGGUGGAGGUCGUUGUGGGUUUGUGUUCCUGUUUCCCAGCACGUAAGCAGGAAACGGUGAGGGGCCUGGGCCUCGCGGUGACUAGGCGAGGAACCCCACACCUGGCUCCCCAAAGAGUGGGCGGGGAGGGGCACAGACCGGGCCUCCUGGGGGCGGGAGCCGUGUCAUGGCCCCGGCUUCCGAGAUCAGAGAAGGACCUGAGAAGCAGGGCCUGGCAACAGCCAGCUGUUGCGACUCACCUAUACGAGGCAACUGGAAGGUUCUGUUGCAGAAGAAUUCUGGCUGUGGGUAGUGUCAACAGGACCCAGCAGAUUCAGCAAGUAUUCUGUGGGUGACAUAAAUCAUAUCAGUAUGUGAAUUUCUGAACUAACAACUAGAUCACACUUGAUUCCUUGGAGAUAUAAUACAGAUGGUAUUGAUUUUAUGAGUUGUCUCCCUAUUUAUGUUCACCUUUUUGUUGAUAGCUGUAGUCCCAUGGACCUAAAUGACUACGCAUUGAAGAAACAGAAUGAAAUUAAUCAGUGAAAAACUGCCUGUGGGUCCCCAAAAUGCUACAUUCCACUGUGCUGCCAAUACUCAGAAAUUAACCAAAUGGAAAAAGGAUAAGCAAGAUUAUUACAAUCAUUCGAAGUUAGUGGAAAAGGCAUUACAAUUACUGAAGGAAAGAAUGAGAAAAGGAGAUCCCCUGGCGCGUUUCCUGAGAGGUCAACUAUACUUUGAAGAGGGAUGGUAUGAGGAGGCAUUAGAUCAAUUUGAAGAAAUCCAGGAGAAUGAUCAUCAAGCUGUUUACCAGUUGGGAGUUAUGUAUUAUGAUGGGCUGGGGACGAAAGCAAAUCCUAGUUUGCACGUGGAGGUUCCUUCCAAUCUAGUAUCCAAUUAUUCUAUAUUUGCCAGAAAUGAAUCCAAAGAUUACUGGAUUUACGGAGUGGAAUAUAUGAAGAAAAUUCUUGAAUCUCCAUGUCCCAAAGCAAGGAAUUUAAAAUAUGCAGCUGCAUAUAACUUGGGGAGAGCUUUUCAUGAAGGACAAGGUGUUCCGCAUAAUGAUGAGGAAGCUGAAAGACUGUGGCUUUUCGCUGCAGACAAUGGGAAUCCAAGAGCUAGUGUCAAAGCUCAGAGUAUCUUGGGAUUGUACUAUUCCACAAAAGAGCCUAAGGAGUUGGAGAAGGCAUUUUUUUGGCAUUCAGAAGCUUGUGGCAAUGGAAACCUGGAGUCCCAGGGUGCACUUGGUCUCAUGUACUUUUAUGGACAAGGUGUUCCUCAAGAUAUUGAUGCUGCCCUUCAGUGCUUGAGGCAAGCCGCUGACCGUGGGAAUGUCUACGCUCAAGGCAAUCUUGUUGAAUAUUACUAUAAAAUGAAGUUUUUUACGAAAUGUGUCGCAUUUUCAAAGAGGAUUUCUGAAUAUGAUGUCUGCCAUGAUGUUCCCACAAUAGCCCAAAUGACUGACUGUCUUCCUGAAUAUAUAACCAGAGGCAUAGCGUUGGCUUCCUUCUACUAUGCAAGGUGCCUUCAGCUUGGCUUGGGUAUCACAAAGGAUGAAGUGGAAGCCAGAAAGUAUUAUUCCAAGGCAUGCAUCAAAACAAACUGGAAACUCCCCCAAGUAUUUUUCUUUUUUUUAGUUGAAACUUUAAAGCCUUGGAUUUGGGUGUGGGUGGUGUUUCUUUUUUUAAAUUUAUUUAAUUUGUAGUACUGUCAACUUCCAGCCAUCUAUAAGAAAAUUCUGAGUUGCACAGUGUUUGAAAAUCCAUCAUCAUUAAAAUUAUAAAGCAGAAUAGAUGAGGUCCUAUAGUGAUUAUUUUCUCUUGUUCCCCAUUUUCUAUACAAUCUGGGGUCCUCAGGGUGACUUUAUGAAACAGAACUUUUACUUCUUUCUCUCAAAAAAUUUGACCUACACAGCUCAGCUUAAACUGAUCCUUUAUAUCGGUCUGAAGGUGAUAUUCUGUGUGUGAGGAUGAAGGGGAGAGCUUGGCUUUGUGUGGAUCUCUGGGCAUCUCUAUAGAGGUGGUUUUUCCUGCAUUGUAGCUGCUAUCGUAACUAAUAUGGGGGAUAUAUAUAUAGACAAUUUUCUCCCUUCCCCUUUCUUUUCAAUCUAAAGUCCAACUGCCUCCUUAUUUGUAAGUGAGGAAAUAGGCCCAGAGAUGUCCAAUGACUUGCCCAAGGUCACAAAGGAAGUUAGCAGAAGAAACUAGAUUCAAGCUUAAGUCCUAUAGCUCUUAAAUCCAUUGUUCUUUUCACUGUUGUCCAUGCUUCAGGCCAAAAAGCCCAGUGUUUCCAUUUUCAUUUAAUAUGUCAUAAUUUAAAACAUCAUCACUCUAAAUUUGACAGUUACUUUUGCCUUGGCCCUGGUGUGACCUCCCCUGUCUUAGAUAACUUUUAGAGGUUUAUUUAACCUAACACUUUUGAAGCUAAAAUAGUCCUUGUCAGUCAGGAUUGGAUUUUGAGUUUGCCCUGUUCCUUUGAGGAAAUCAGUAUAGAAAUACAUCUAGAUGAAGAAAUUACUUUGAAAUUUAAUGUAUUUUAAUUAUAUAAAACUUAAAUGUAAAAACCUAGUUCAAGAAUUUUCAUCCAAAUAAUAUACUGUUCCUUCUUCUGCUCUA